AUGGAGUGCCAAGCGGCCGGCGAGGAGCUGCCGCGCCCCCACGGCGGGGCCAUGCCGCGCCCCUGCUGCAAUGGCCACAGCGAGCUGUUGUCGGCCGAGAUGCGCCGGGCCCUGGUGCAGUAUCGCCCGGAGAAGCGCAGCCGGGAGGAGGCGGCCGAGGGCGGCGAGCUGCCUGCCUUGGAGGACGCCUACCUGAGCAUCCUGGAGGGGCUGGGCGAGAACCCUGCCAGGCAGGGGCUGCUCCAGACGCCCAGGAGGGCUGCCAAAGCCAUGCAGUUUCUCACGAAAGGCUACCAAGAAACCAUCGAGGAUAUACUCAAUGAUGCAAUCUUUGAUGAAGACCAUAAUGAAAUGGUGAUCGUUAAGGAUAUUGAUAUGUUUUCCCUUUGUGAGCACCACUUGGUACCCUUCUUUGGCAAGGUACAUAUUGGAUACUUACCUGUAAAGAAAGUGGUUGGACUAAGCAAGCUUGCAAGAAUUGUUGAAAUCUUUAGUCGAAGACUGCAAGUUCAAGAGCGGCUUACCAGACAGAUCGCUCUAGCAAUUACUGAGGCUCUGAAACCUGCCGGAGUGGCUGUGAUUGUAGAAGCAUCGCACAUGUGCAUGGUUAUGCGAGGGGUUCAGAAAAUGAACAGCAGGACUGUCACCAGCACCAUGCUCGGAGUCUUGCGAGAAGAUCCAAAAACCAGAGAGGAAUUUCUUACACUGAUCAAGAAUUAA